GAUAUACAGCAUUUAUUACUAUACUGUUUAUUGGGUCACCAUUCACCAUAUAGUCCUGCAAGAUGGUGUCAAUUGGAAAGAUUUCCUAAAAUACAACAAACUAAUGUAUUAAUCAUAGACAAUAUAUCACUUUAUCACUAUCAUGCAUAUGAAAGUUGUUUUCCCUUUCUAAGUGGUUCUUUUCAACAUAAAUUAGAAGUUGUGGCACCUUUUGCAUAUAAAGGUGAUAUUGUGACUGAUUUGUUGAUGGUUCCACUAACAACAACACAAGUUCGCAAGUACGUAACUGAAUUUGGAACUCUUGAAGAUGCUGUUGUAAAAAGUGGAGAAGUUUAUGAUCAAAUAAAAGAUUUAUUCCCACUACAUGAAAACAUCUCUAAAGCUGUGGACGGCCUUCCAGCUACUGAUAAAUUUCCGAGGACCCACUUGCUUUUGUCAGGUUGGCAGAUGGUAGAAGAAAAUUUUCCUUUACCAAUUAAAGGACUAAUGGAAACAAAAUAUACUGGCUAUGUAUUAACAAAGGAUGAAUAUAAAGACGUCACACCAUUCAGCCCCAUGUUUGGACUUGAUUGUGAAAUGUGCAGAACAACUACAGGUGAUUUAGAACUAACUAGAAUUUCGAUUGUCGAUGAAGACCACAAAGUGUUUUAUGAAGAGUUAGUUAAACCUGAUAAUAGAAUAGUCGAUUAUUUAACGCAAUUUUCGGGAAUCACCCCGAAAAUGAUGAAAAAUGUGACAAAGAAAUUACAAGAUGUUCAAAAAGACCUCAGGAACCUUUUACCACCAGAUGCUAUUUUAGUGGGACAAUCUCUUGGUAAUGACCUUCAUGCCUUGAAAAUGAUGCAUCCAUACGUCAUUGACUCCAGUGUAAUAUUUAAUUUAACUGGAGACAGAACUAGGAAAAGUAAAUUGCAGCUUCUAGCUAGAGAGUUUCUAUUUCAACAUAUACAACAAGGAAGGGGUGGGCAUUGUUCAAUUGAAGAUAGUAAAGCUUCUUUAGAAUUAGUUCAGCUUAAACUUCAAAAUGAUAUCUUUUUUGGAGAUGCUGUUUUGAAUGGUUUGUCUGCACAAAAGCAUCCUCAACUGGGUCAUCCAUAUUUUGCAACGAGUUUCUUUAAACAAAUUGCAAGAGCUAACAAACCAGUCUCGGUUAUUUCCCUUCCUGAUGUAGCAAAAAGAUACAAAUUCUUUCUGAACAAAGGCAACAACAAUGUUGACGAUCAAAGUAAAGUAACUAUUUACUCAAGUGAAUGCAACGAGACGGUGAUACAAGAUUGUAUCGAAAAAGGACCAAAUGCCUCCAUGAAUAUUGCACACCUUCAAGUAAACCAAAAUGAUCUCGAAAAAGAACCUGAAACUAUUCUCAGACAAUUAGACACAUGGAUCAAAAAUUGUUACGAAGCCACUUUUGCACCCAGUUUGAGUUUUGUUAUUUUUGGUGGACAAAGAGAAACGGGAAACGGAAGUUGCUUUAUUAAAAUGAAAAACUUGUUUUAAAAGUGUUUGUGUUAUAUACUGAUUAAAUUUUUGUUGUUUAUAGCAACUGCACCUCACAAAUCAAACUUAAACUGUCAUAUGUAUUGAUAAAAAUAGGUUUUUUGGAAAAUUUGUAAUGGCUUAUAAGAAAUCAUUAAAAUGUGUCUUUAGGCCGGUAUAUAUUAUGUUAAUUUACUUUA